GGGAAAACAAAGGGAAGAAUUAGAUGACGAAGGGGAAGGUGGCAAAAGGAAAGAAUUAAACGAUGAAAAGGAAGGUGACAAAAAGGAAGAAUUAGACAAUGAAGGGGUAUGUGACGAAGAGAAGGAAGAAUUAGGUAAUGAAGGGAAAGGUGAUGAAAGGAAGAUAAAAGGAAGUAAUGAAAAGCAAGAUGAAAAGGAGUGA